AUGGACGAUUUGCAGGAGUACUGCAAACAGUGGUCAGGGCAACGCUGCUGGCAUUGCUUGGAUUUGUUUUCUCGGAGCCGCAAUUUCGAGCGCCAAUUCGAGAAGAACGGGUUCACGGCUACUUCCUACGAUGUGUUGAACAACCCGCUUCAGGACAUCACCACAAGAGCUGGCUUUUUGGUUCUAUUGAACCUGGGACUUCAGCUGAUGGAUGAUGCCCUGAUGGCAUGCGCACCACCGUGUAGUCUCUUCGUGGGCAUUUCAUCCUCAGUCCAUAUGCGGUCGGAGUUUCGAUUGCUCGGAGACACCAGCAGGAGGUGUGUGCGGUUGAGCAAUUUGAUCUUGUCAAACUUUGUUGUGUUUCUCAUGCUGAUGAAGACCUUCAGACCACGAUUGUUCGUCAUGGUGGAACAGCCCGCCUCGAGUUGGCUUUUCAAGCAGGCCAACUUCAAAGAGAUCAUCCGUACUUGGAAUUUGCGGAAGACCCUGACCAACAUGGGUCUUUUCGGC